AUGGAGUUCGCCGCGCGAGGCCGAGAAACCGCCGCGGCCGACGGCGUUGGCGUCGGCGAUGGCCGCCGCCUCCCCGAUCCUCCGCCGCCGCACGGCAAUGAUGCUGACUCACCACAGGCAGACAUGGUGGCGCUGGUGUUGAGGAGGGAGCAGCUGCUGCACGAGCUCCACAAGGAGCGCAUCCGCCACGAUAUGAUCUUGUGCGAGCUUGCCCAAACAGAGCGCGCCAUGACCGCGUGCUUAGCAGGGCUUGGCGCUUUGCGUGGGUUGUCGUUGAUGACUCCACGGGAAGAGGUGAUGUACCGCACGCCGCGGUCCAGUGAGGAAGCUUCUUGGUGGUACAGGAGUCCCUCGGGGCAAGUGAUACCUCCUGUUUACCCACACGUUGAACGGUCGCCGUCACCAGUGCCGCAGCGAAGGCCAGUCGAUGAUGCUGAGCAGCAAGAACGCGGCAGCUCAUCUAGGCCAGUUGUAGCAACUCCUUCAGCGUUUCCUGAAGUGGAACUAUUCCGGUCACUGAGCAAGGACCCUGCAGUGGAAGCUUUGGUACCUGCUGUGACCAAUGUCGUUGCCAAACCAGCAGAGCCAGCAUUGCUGCGCAAGGAGGUGGCAAUAGAGAGCCGUGCCGCUGUUGAUCAUGAACACGAAGCAGGAUUGAAGCACAGACAUGCCGUGCAGCUGAUGGAGAAUGGAAUUCAGAUAAGUGAACAGUUAAAGCGUGCAGCCAUUGGUCAGGAAAGCAAAGCAGGAUCGAAGGACAGCCAUGCCGUGCAGCUGAUGGAGAGUGGAAUUCAGAUAAGUCAACAGCUAAAUCAUGUAGCCGUUGGUCAAGGAAGCAAAGCAGAAGCGAAGGACAGCCAUCCUGUGCAGCUGAUGGAGAGCGGAAUUCGGAUAACUGAACAGCUGAAGCGUGCAUCCAUUGGUCAAGGAAGCAAAGCAGAAGCGAAGGACAACCAUGCAAUGCAGCUGAUGGAGAGUGUAACUGAGAGAAGCAAACAGCUAAAGCGUGCAGCCGUUGGCCGAGAAAUCAAAGCAGAAGUGAAGGACAACCAUGCCUUGCAGCUGAUGGAGAGUGAACUUCAGAGAACUGAACAGCCAAAUCUUGCAGCUGUUGGCAAGGAACAGGAAGCAGGAUUGAAGGAUGGCCAUGCCGUCCAGCUGCUGGCUAGUGGAAUUCAGAUAAACGAAGAGCUAAAACGUGCAGCCGUCGGCCAGGAACGCAAAGCAGAAGCGAAGGACAGCCAUGUCGCGCAGCUGAUGGAGAAUAAAAUACAGAGAAGUGAAAAGCCGAAGCGUGAAAAUUUUGGUCAGGAACGUGAAGCAGUAGUGAAGGAUGGCAAUGCCGUGAAGCUGACGGUGAAUAGAAUCCAGAGAAGUGAACAGCCAAAGCGUGAUGUCUCUGGUCAGCAGCACGAAGCAGAAGAAAAGGAUAGACAUGCUGUAAAGUUGAUGGAGGAGAGUGGAAUCCAGGGAAGUGAACAGCCAAAGCCUGCUAAGCCUACCAUGAAAGAUUGCAUCGAUGAGCGGAGGCAAUCGCCUCACCAACAUGCGCUGGCUGGCAAGAAGUCCCCAUUUAAUGAGCAGAAGAGACCAGCGUUCAACGAGCCUAAUACCCAAACCACGCCUAGUGGGGUGAAAAGGAGACCGGUAUCUGGACCGGUUGUGACAACUCCAUCACCAAAGAGGCAGAAGCCACUUGAAGAAUGGAAUUGCACCCUCUGUCAAGUGAAUCUGACCUGUGAAGAAGACUUGAUGCAACACAAAGCAGGCGAUCUACACCGGUUGAACCUUGCGGCGUUGCGGUCCAGGCAGAAAGCCUUUGGAUUUGACUUGCGCAACCAUCUGAAGGGCAGCAGCCAGCAGGAGAGCACGCAGGCCCUGCACACGGAAGCCGGGAGCCACCAUCCCAAAGGGAGGAGUCAUCAGGAGAGCGCACAGACCCGGCAGGCAGGAGGAGGCAACGAGGAGGGCAAGCGUUUCGCUGACCGCAGGGCUACUGAAGGUCCGAGGAAGGAGUUUGUAAGCAAAUUUCCCUUCUGCAAGCUCUGCAAAGUGCAGUACUCCAGCGAGAAGGUGAAGGAGUCGCAUCUCGCCGGGAAGAAACACAGGGAGAACCUUCAGGCACGCCAUUGA